AUGGACGCUUCAAUUGACAACAAAGUGUCGAAUAUCAGCCUCAUGGCAAUAUAUCAUUCGGAAUCCCUCACAGAAUGUUCUGCUAUGUGUGGGGAACUUUCCGCAUGUUUUGGCUUUAAUCCCCAACUAAAGAAGUGCCGUAUCCAUCAGUCAUGUGACCCAGCAGACAUGACCAUCAACGAAACAGGAUGGAGGAAUUUUUAUCCUGACGUGCGUUAUGUGUAUAACAGCUGUAUGGAGAUUUUACAAAGUCACCCAGUCGUGAAAGAAAAGGAUGGAGUAUAUUCGAUAAAUGUCAAUGAUGAGAAAAAGAAAGUGUACUGUGACAUGACUACAAAUGGAGGGGGCUGGACGGUUAUCCAAAAACGACAGGAUGGAUCUACAGACUUUUAUAAGAAUUGGGCAGAUUACAAGAGAGGAUUUGGAGACCCAUCCUCAAACUACUGGAUUGGGAACGAUGCAAUUUACUAUUUAACAAAGACAAAUCAGGAACUACGAGUAGAGCUUUUGAGUUUUGAUGACGAGAAAGCGUACGCCCUGUACUCCACAUUUAAAGUUGGAGACGAGAGCAGUAAAUACCGGCUUACAGUAUCGGGGUAUUCAGGAACGGCGGGAGACAGAGACAGAGACAGAGACAGAGACAGUUUGGCGGAACACAAUGGACAUAAGUUCACUACACGGGAUCAGGAUAAUGACCUAAACAGUGGUAACUGUGCAGUAGACAGACACGGAGCCUGGUGGUACUAUAGCUGUACAGCAUCAAAUCUGAACGGGCGGUACGCGGGGUCUGCCCUGUCUGAUGACAAAUACCUAACCUGGAACCGUUGGAAAUUUAUUACAGCGUUAAAACGGACAAAGAUGCUGAUCAGGCCCGAGAAUUAA